CGUGUAAAUAAAAGAUUUAUCAAUCGCUUGUGAAAUAUUGCUUAAAAGAGGUAAAAAGUUAGUAAGGACGGCAUUAUCAUGGCAGAGGAGCUAGAUGAAACUCUCUGCAAACAGAUUUCUGGACUUGUGCAGAUCCUGACAACAUCUGGAAAGCCAGCACUUAAUCAAGAGGUCAUGAAAAAGUUCAAGAAACUUUGCAGGAAUUCUGAUGGCUAUGUGAAAUAUGCAUUCGACAUCAUGAUGAAGCAACUGCAUAUAAAGCAUUCUGAGGUUCGUCUGUCCGUCUGUCAGAUGAUUGAUGAGCUGUUUAGCCGUUCCCACGUCUUCAGAGAGUUGUUGCUGGAAAAUAUUCACACUUACUUCGAAUUAUCCACAGGGCUAGACAAAUCUCUGCCUCUUCCUCCACCAAAACAGGUUGCCAAGGUGAUGAAAGAAAAUGUUCUCAGGAACUUCUACCUAUGGUUCGAGAAGUAUGGGCCGGCAUACAAGAAGCUUGCCCUUGGAUAUGAUUUUAUGAAAACAUGCAAAAAGGUUGAUUUUGAUGGUAUAUCAGCCACUGUACAGCAAGAACGCGAACUACAGGCUGAUACAGACAGGAAAAUGGAGGCCAUAAGAUGUGAAAAACUCCAGAAUGCUGCCAAACAGUGGCUGGAAAGUGAAGCUGAAAUUGAGAUAUGUGUGACUCAGGUUGAAAAUGGUUUAGAGCUUCUGUUACCAAAGCCAGAUGAGUUCUUCAUACCUGUUGAUGUGCAUGAGGUGACACAAUCAAAACAGGAAGUGACAUCAACAGAGACUAUGACAUCAUCAGUGGACAUAUCAUCUCAAAACUUAUCAGGAUCUUCAGCUUGUAUCAACAAGAAAGCUGAGCAUUCAGAGGAUAUCAGUGAGAUAAAUAAUUCUGUGGUAGAUAGUGUCAGUGGGACUGACAGUUACUGUACAAACGGUAUGAUCAAACGGCUGGAAAGUGACAGCCAAUCCCAAACGGCUACAUCUCAUGAUUCUAGUCCCAUUUCUACUAGUGCUAAAUAUAUUGAACCUGAUUAUCCUCUUGGCUCAGACAGUGAGAAUGACUCUGAAGGAGGUGUAGAAGACUCAAGUCUUGGUCAGCAACACGGUGUGUUCUCUCGCCAGUUUGCACUCACAAUAUCCAUAGGAGGUCCCGAGAACACAACAGUGCAAGAGACAGAAGAUAAUGCUGCUAUUAUAGAGGGAAUACAGGGCCAGUAUCGCCUGAUCAAGAACAAGUACCUGCCAAGAGUGAAAACAUGGCUACAGACCUUGAUGGACCACAAAGGUGAGGCCCCCAAUAUUCAGAUGCUCACUGCCUGGAGGGACCGACUGGAGACUGCAGUGAGGAAGUGUGUAGAGCUGGAGAUCAAGGCCUCGAGAAGGAACAGGGAGGACAGUGAAACUGAUGAUGAUGACUUUGAGGAGGUGCCAGACAAGUGUGGUUAUGAGGAGGACAUCCCAGAACACGUGAAGCUCGAGGCAGCCAUGACAUCUACUGGAAAGCAGAAUGGUUCCAAGAAACGGUUUAAAAGGAAGUCAGCGGCUGAGAAGAAAAAGCUGAAACAAUCUGCUGUGAAAAUGCUUACGCCACAACCAAGAAUUUCCUCUACCAUCACAUAUGACGUUGCAAACGAUAAUUCAGAAGCACAAGAAAAGCCUGAUGAUGAAGCCCAAGAACCCUCCAUCAGUCAAGCUGGUUCCCUUCAAGAUGACAAACAGUCCAGUUCAAGCGCUUCAAGUCAUUCAACAUCACAUAUUGGUACCACGUCCAGCCAUAUGUCGGAUAGAAAGCAGUCACUGUUUAAGAAAGCGCCCAUCGUACCUUUUGGAAUUGAUAUUGAACACUGGGAAAAUCCUGACCAGAUAAAAGCACCUUCAAAAGUCAAGUAUGAAAACGCCGGUAGAUUCUGGGUGCCCGAGAGGGAGCAAGACGAGGGUCUGGAGAGUGCUGGUCCCUCGGAGGAAGUCGCUUCUCUCACCCGCAGAACGUUCACUUACGUCGGCCACCUGGAGCCAAUCAAGUGGAAGUGCAGGGCACUGCUUGCAAAUGGGAAACUGUGUGAACGCAUGGACAGGGAGAAGUGUCCAUUCCAUGGUCGAAUCAUUGGCCGUGACAAGGGAGGUCAGCCUACUGAAGCAGAUGAUAUCGAGAGGCUUUCAAGGGAGAGAAUUCUCAAACAGAUAGAGGAGGGCUUUGAAGACAGUGACACUGAUGGGGCCCAAGGAUCCAAGGGGAAGGGAAAAGGCAAGAGGACCCGUAAACGAAAGUACCCAAAUCUUACCGACGUCCGAGAAAAGGAAACUAGCCGGACCCGACUGGAGGCCAAGAUAUUUAACAGGGCCACAUUAAGGAAGGUCAGCAAUGCCCUUGAUUCUGAUGCUUUGAAAAAAAUCUCCGAGAAAUUUGGAAACCAGUUUAACUACAGCCUCAAAUAGCUUGUAUUGGU